CAUUUUCAGUAAUACUUAUUGAAACACCCAGUCUAAUCUGAAUUUUACUUUGAAAGUUCCCACCGGAUGUCCCGUGUGUUAUCAUUUGAGAGUAGCUUGAUUGGUGAGAAAUCAGAUCCUGAAGUUGCGUUAUGAUAAUGGGCUGGUGGAGAUGUGAUCUGUAAAAACACAAUCUUUUGACAUGAUGUUCCUUUAAUCCGAUAACAACCGGGUGGUGAAUUGGUUCAUAAGCCGAAGCAAGUUAGAUCAGGUAAUUUUGCUGACGACAUCUUACUUUUUGGAGGCCUGGGGAAAAACACAGUUAAGCUAACGAUAAAGCCACCAUGUCGUGGGAAGAAAUGCCUUGUUUUCUGGCCUCGCGUCUGUGUUCGCCUGUACCCCGUUCGACUGCUCUCUGAUCCCAUUGGACAACAAAACAAACAGAGCUUGCUAGCUUCCGAGCCAUGGCGGACAGCUUUGGAGAAGAGUCCAGCGGCGGCGCCCUCGGCUUAGGCGUUACCGGUCAGGGCAGCGGAGCUUCGUUGCAGCCGACUUUGGCCAAUUCUCUCCAGGGGGGGAACGCGGCAGCCACCGGUGUUCACUCCGGCUCCAACCCGGCCUCUCCUCCUCCUGCUGCGGCCGCGCAGAGUGGCUUAACCGCUGUGGUGGCCCCUAUGUCCGCUGUCACUGCUACACCCAUCGGUUUUGGGAACACAUUCACCCCCGGCACCUCGCCACCAGUCGUAGCCGUGUCUCCAACCGUACACGCCUCCUCGCCUCUCCCCGGUAUAGGGCUAGGGGUGGCCGGCGUGGCAGGAGCGGGCCUCCUGUCUCAAAUCCACGCCACUUCCUGGGACCCGACCCUCAGUACGGACUGGGACAACGAGAAGGCUUCCCAGCAGUGCAUCCUGAGGAUAAAGAGGGAUAUCAUGUCCAUCUACAAGGAACCUCCACCAGGGAUGUUUGUUGUCCCUGAUCCUCAAGACAUGACCAAGAUCCAUGCCCUGAUAACAGGGCCAUUUGACACACCAUAUGAGGGCGGCUUCUUUCUCUUCCUGUUCCGCUGCCCCCCCGACUACCCCAUCCACCCACCCCGGGUCAAACUCAUCACCACGGGACACAACACUGUACGCUUCAACCCCAACUUCUACCGUAAUGGCAAGGUUUGCCUCAGCAUCCUGGGAACAUGGACAGGCCCAGCAUGGAGUCCGGCCCAGAGUAUCUCAUCUGUCCUCAUCUCUAUCCAGUCUCUAAUGACGGAGAACCCCUAUCACAAUGAACCUGGCUUUGAACAGGAGCGCCAUCCAGGAGACAGUAAGAACUACAACGAGUGUAUCCGCCAUGAAACCAUGAGGGUGGCUGUGUGUGACAUGCUGGAAGGGAAAGUGCCUUGCCCUGAAGCUCUGUGGAGUGUGAUGGAAAAGUCCUUCCUAGAAUACUAUGAUUUCUACGAAGGAGUCUGCAAAGAGAGACUGCAUCUACAGGGACAGAACAUGCAGGACCCAUUUGGCGAGAAGCGAGGUCGUUUCGACUACCAGGGUCUACUGGCUCGCCUCAGUGCCACUCACAGGCGAAUACGGGAGAAAAGCCUGGCGGAGGAAGACCGCAAUGAUGAAGAAUCAGACUCAGACACCAGCUCCUCAGGGACGGACCCUGACAGCCAGGGUAGCUCCCAGCCCUGACUCUCUGGAUGGUGCUGGACUCAAAGCCAGGCCAAGAACUAAAGACAAGGGGAGCUUUUUUGUUUUGUUUGCAGUGGAGGAACAAAAAACAGAAGAGAACGUAAUGCCUAUGUUUAAGGCUUUAGUAAGUCCAGGGUCCAGGUUUGGAAUCAAGCUUCUGCUGUUUGGAUGCUGCAGAGAAAGAAGAAAUGGUUGUGCUCUAUUGUCACCAUCAACACCAACCGCUGGUCAAAUGCAGGCAAAUUCAGCCUGGAUUGGUGUAUUUGUGCUACUUUUGUAGCUAACCAGCUCUCAUUUUGAUGUCCUGUUGAUUCUAAAACUCAAGAUGGCUGCUCAAAUACCUGAUGGGUUUUGAGAUAAACUGGCCAUUAUUGCUUGUGAAAUGUUAGUUUAAUGUCUCAAACCUUUAAAUUCACACUGUAGAAAUGGGUAUAUAUAUAUAUAGUAACAAUCUAAAGAAGCUGUUACACUUUGAUCCACAAGUCAAACAGAAAUUUAGUUUUUUAUACUCUUGUCCCCAAGGAAAGACUAUCUGGUAAGUAUCUACAAGGAGAAGUGGAGGCAGGUUUGGACAAGAUGAAUAAACCUUGGCCUGAGUUGGCUGGAGCAGUGAAUGAUGAUGGUGUUCAUCAGAGCAGUCUCUCCUUCCAAGUAGCCAAAUUUUCUUUGAAUUCAAGACGGGAGAAAGGAAAGAGGGACCUUACGUAAUGGAAGGUAGUUGGAGGAAGUGAACAUUAGUCAAGGUCUUGAGAGUCUCGUGCCUUGUCUCCUCUGGCCAGGGUGAAACCAAACUACACCUCUUUCAGACUGGACCUCAGCUGCCUCCACAACCAGGCCACAUAAAACAAUUAGCGGCUCUCGAUACUAAAUACAAUGAUUCUUGUGUAUUAUACAGAAGGUUCUGCUUAACUUUCAUUUCUGAUAGUGCUGUUGAAGAAAACAGUAAAUCUGUUUACCAGAGAAGAAACCAUUAGAGAAAUGGCAGUUUCAUUGACAUCCACCUUUAUACCCUGUAUGUUGUUUUCUCAUUGUUUUUCUCAUUUGCUGUGUGUAGCGUGUAUUGUUUAUUUGGAAACCCUUCUGUUGUUAGGGUUUCUGGCUCUUGUGAUUAAUCAGUCAAGAUACAAACAAAACAAUCCUGUGCUUUAGCAAGAUCCAUCUGGGCUUGGGGAAACUAAUGAAGGCAAGACAAUUUGUUUACACUGCAAGUAACUCAGUUGCUCUGCUCUGUCUGAUUGAGGGCCUGACCAAAGGCUUUGGUUGCAUUGAUAGAGCGGUACACAUGACAGCCAAGCAAGUCUUAUGUUUUUUUACAUAAUUUCAUUUAACACUUUUAGAUGUCAAAUACUUUGUUGUUGAAAAUAAGUAGAAAAACCCAAAGGAAUAGCAGUAAUUUCAUAAGCAUCCUUUUCACCACUAGAUGUCAGGCUUGACACAGAUCGGGUCUGAUGUUAAGGAAUCGCAUAAAUAGGGUAAAGAAGGCAGUGAGGAAAUCUGAAAGAUUUUCACAGGUGACAGCUAAUUUGGUCCAUGCACACACUGGCCAAGCUUCACUGCUCAACAACACAGGAAACAAAAAGAGUUGUUGACAGGCAGCGUUGCUUGAAGUCUGAACACAGUGAGGGGUGCUCUCUAGGAAAAGAAGGAGGCAGAGUUUAUAGGGCUUUCAGAGAUGAAAACACUUGUAAAGGAUAGGUUCUGAAUUUUUCAAGUCUAUGUUAAUUCAGUGCUCCGAUGCCCAUAUGUACAUUGAAAGUGUUAUUGGUUGCUGUAAUCAUUCCACCUGCUCACACUGGCUGUGAAGAGAUCUUUCUUGCUUGACUCAACUGUAAAAGGUAGAAGAAAAUCUACAGUCCUCAUUCCAGUUCAGCUGAAGCUAAUGAUACUUCAGCAAUCUGAGUUACACAAAUCAAGUCAGCAUCUUCAUCUUGGUAGUCAAGUGCAAGUUUAUUUAACAGACAAAUAUGACAGUGGCAUCCUCUCAUGCAACUCUCUGCCAGAAAAUGAAUAAACGAAUCCUAGAGAGCACCCCUCGCAUUUUCCAAAAAGUCAACUUUUCAUUUAAGCUUUUCUCAUACUCUUUUCAAGAAGCUUGAACGUGAGACAAGUGGGUCAAAUGAAUGACAACAGCUUGUUGCAGCUCCUCUCUGCCUUCCAUUGACCUUCAGUGUCUGCCUUUAGCUGUCUACAGCCAUGUUAAUGGAGAGAAGAAUAGUUUGCCUGAGCUGUCAGCAUUUUGUCAAACCCUAGGCCUACUGCCAGGGGUUGUUUGCUUGAGAUUCAAAUCGGAUUACUAAUACAGGGCAUUCCUUUUUCUUUCUUUUUAUUAUGUUAUAGAAUGUUUUAUAUGAGAAGCAGCUCCUAGCAGAAUAUAUGUGAUGGCCAAAAUGUUGAUUGCAACAGACUUCCUGAAGUAGAAGUGAAGAGAUCACAUUGCUGUUUGGUUGUGUUGUGUUGUGCUUAAAGCAGGGUUCUUCUGUGACUCUGUGAAGGUUGGAUUACUUACAGAAAUGAUCAUUUCCAGGUCUUGAAAAUGUUGGUAUUGUACAAAAGUUCUGCAAAAGUACAGAAUAAAAAGUUGUUCA